CUUACCUACACAACGGCGGUCAUUUCAGUGCUCUCGGGUAUUGAGCGACAUAAGCCCUCCAAAUCAGAACAGCUUAGCUUUCGUCUCAAGGCCACGAGUGCGGGAGACACUACCACAUCGCGAUCGGAACCAUCACCAAGACUUACCUCAAGUCACGAAUCAAUGAUGGCUUUGUCAUCAAAUUCGUAUCUCCCCAUCGCCGCUGGUGUCUUCGCCACGAUCUUCAUCGGCUUCGGCAUCAAUGCAGCGGUGAAUCCUCAAAGUGCUUUGACAUUUUUCGAAUUACAAUACCCUACGCCGACUAGCAUCAAGGAUCGGGAGCUCCUCUCAAAAGUCAAACUUGCACUCGAUGCCCUCUCAGUCGUGUACGGGGUCCGUGACGUCUUUAUUGGAGCCGCACUCUACGCGACAGCCCUCUAUGGCAGCAAAGAAGCUCUCGGCUGGAUCUGCGUGGCGGCUGGCCUGACGGCAGGUGUCGAUGGAGCCGUGUGCAAGUUCAUGGUUGGGAAAGGCGAAAUGAAUCACUGGGGAUAUGCCCCGAUGGUGGUCAUACUUGGGUCUCUGCUUUUAGGUGCCGCAGAUGGGACUCCACUGGAGUCCCUGAUGACGCGCAACUGAUCCAUCAAGUCAAUAGGAGGUCUUCGUUGCUUUUGCUUGGAAAGCUUUGUUGCCUUUUCACCGAGAGUCAAGGAGGGUCUCCUGAAACCGCGGACGUCCA